GCUAAUUCCGUUGACGGAAAUUUAACAAAUGUCGUUGUAUAUGAAUCUGAUCUUCUAAUCGUUCUUGUACAUUCAGCACCAAAUUUUUUAAACAAUUCAUUUCUUUUUUCAUCACUCAAGUACGGAGUUUGCACGUGCUCAUUUCUUUUCUACUCUAUUCAAGCCGGCACCUCAGCACAGGUCACAUCGAUUCAGAUUAUUUAAAUAAUCGUUAAAAAAAAUGGCAGAAGUUCAAUCUACGUCGACGAAACACGCAAUCUUGUAUGAAUGGAAAAUAAAUGACGUUUCAUCAUUAAUAAAAUCACUAACCGAAACUGAAGACUGCCCAAAACUAGCGUCUCCAAUAUUUUCAACAGGAGCUAAAAUAAAUGAUUGCUGGUACCUGGAAUUGGGAAUAAAUCAAAAUGACGAGCUAUCGAUGGAUGAUCAAUAUAUAUCAGUAUACUUGCAGCCGAACAAUGGAAGUCGACAAGUAAGAACCAAGUAUUCGUUAUUCAUUUACGAUAACAACAAAGAAAAACAUUUUGUUCAUAAUGACAACCGAGUUUUCGAAUGUUUGGAUGGUUGGGGUUUCGAUUUAGUCCAAGUUGAUGAAUUAUUGAUUAACAAAGAUCAAUUUAUACUUAAUGACACAUUGACAGUGUGUAUUAAAUUGACAGUGUACGAUGAUGACACAUCAUCAAGUCAUAAAUUUCCACAAAAAUCUUCGAAACGUAAAAUUGUCGAUGACUUCAAGGAACUUUUUGAAAGCAAAGCCGGUAGCGAUGUUCUGUUGAUAGUCGGCGAUAGUAAAUUUCGAGCUCAUAAGAGUAUUCUUAUCGCCCGAAGUUCCGUAUUUGCUUUAAUGUUUCUGUAUGAAACAGAAGAAAAACAAAAUUAUGUGACUAUUAAUGACAUAAGCCCUAAAACAAUCGGAGAAAUGCUUAAAUUUAUUUACACUGACCAAGUUACUGAUAUUGAUGGUGACGCUAAAGAAUUAUUGAAAGCUGCCAACAAGUAUCAGCUCCAGACAUUAAAAAAAUUAUGCGAAGAAUCGUUAUGCAAAUCGAUAACAAUUGUCAAUGCCGUUGAGAUCAUGGUACUGGCUGAUGAAAAUAAUGCCAGGCAGCUGCUAGAUUACGCAAUUAAUUUUAUAGCAAAUAAUGCAGGAAGUUUUAUCAACCCUGGAUCUUUAAAUUCUUCAGGUAUCAUGAAUUGUUCCACAUUGUCAAAGUUGUUUAAAAAAAUAACAUCAAAAAUUGUCAGUAAUGCUCGUAUUCAAUUUCCUUUUUCAUUAAAACAAGGAAAUGUGUGGUUUCUUUUUUUUCUUGUUUUAUUUCAAUAUAUUUUUUCUUACGCUUGCUCUGGAGUAAAAACUAUUUAUCGUUCAACUAAAUUUUAUGUAAAAAAUAAAUUACUGAAGAAGAAAGACAAUGUGAAAAAUGAUAAUGACAAUUUACUGUGCGGUGAACUUACGGUGAUCAAUGAUCAUACAUCAUUCAGCGCAAAUAUACCAUUCGAAACAACAAAACGUCUCAAUGUGAAUGAUUUCAAGGAACUUUUUAACAACAACAAUGAAAUAUCUAGUGACGUUACUCUACAAGUUAAUGGCCAUGAAUUUAGAGCUCACAAAGUUAUGCUGAUGGUGCGGAAUCCUAUGGUAUCUGCGAUGUUGAUGGAUCAAUUGAACGAAGAAAAAGUUGAUAUCGCUGACAUUGAUACAGAAAUUUUAAUAAAUUUAAUCGAAUUUAUACUUAAUGACAGAGUUAAUAUUUUGAACAAGAAUAAUAAACUUUUAAUUAAAGACGUUGACAAAAAUCAGUUACAAAAACUGAAGAGUAUAUGUGAUGAUUCACUUGGCAAUUCUAUAACUCUAAAGUAUGCUAUGAAAAUGAUGGCUUUGGAUGACAAUUCUGAAUCACGUGAAUACGGUACUGUCUUUAUAGUAAUUAACAUUACACAUGUAAUGGAAGGAUUGGGUUCUGAAAAUAAUGAGUUAAGUCGAUUUUCAAUAUCAGAACUGGAUGAAAAACUUGCAAUCACAAAUGGAGUUGACGAUGAAAAAGACGAAACUGUGGAAGAACAAGAAUCAUUGAAUAUUUAAUUUAUGUUAAUUUGAAAUUGAAUUUUCAUAUUUAUUUAAUUGUAUAUUUAUUUUACUACGAUCAUCGUCAUCGUGUAUUCUUUGAAUAGAAUAAUAUUUAUGUCAUUGUAAUAUGACAACAUUUUUUUUAUACUUCAUCAAUUGUGUAUUUUAUAGAAAAUAAAUAAUUUUUCACGUGAUUAA